AUGCCUAGGGAUCCCUUGAUUGGAAUUGUGGGCAAGCCCUCGUCCGGUAAGUCUACUACGUUGAACUCGCUGACGGAUGCAUCUGCGGCUGUGGGGUCGUUCCCGUUCACCACCAUUGAGCCCAACAAGGCCACUGGGUACUUGCAAGUCGAUUGUGCGUGCAGCCGGUUUGGGAAGGAGGAGCUAUGUAAGCCUAACUACGGCUGGUGUGAGAAGGGUAAGAGACAUAUACCGAUCAUGCUUCUGGAUGUUGCAGGGUUGGUGCCUGGUGCACACUCUGGUAGGGGUCUCGGUAACAAGUUUUUAGAUGACCUUAGACAUGCGGAUGCGCUGAUCCAUGUGGUGGAUGUCAGUGGUACCACUGAUGCGGAAGGUAAGAACUGCCGGGGCUACGACCCAUUGAACGAUAUUGAAUGGCUGCAAGACGAGAUCAGGCUGUGGAUAGAGAACAACUUGAAGAAAAGGUGGGGGUCGAUUGUCCGCAGGCACACUGCUACGAAAUCCAGUGUUGUGGACACGUUACAAGCGCAGUUCGGUGGUUAUGGUUCGCUGAUCCCCAUGGUGCAACGGUGCCUGGACAGGCUAGAGGGGCUGCCACCUCUGGAGAAGUGGGACGACGAGUGGAUAACGAAAGUGGUGAAGUCCUUUAUGAUGGAGAAGUUCCCUACGGUGCUAGCGUUGAACAAGAUCGACCACCCGGACGCUGACAAGAAUGUGUCCAAGAUCAUGCUAAAAUACCCCGAGACAAAAGCAGUGUUGACCAGUGCCAUCACGGAAGUGUUUUUGAGGAAGUUGAAGAAGCAAGGGUUCAUCCAGUAUGACUCCGGGACCGAGUUUGUGGAUACGUGCGAGGACGACCCGUCGUUGAAGCCCCUGGACGAGAAGUCGCUAGCGCGCAUAGAGAACAUCCGCGACCUGGUGCUGUACAGGUUUGGGUCCACGGGUGUGGUGCAAGUCCUGCAAGCGGCCACCGAUGUUCUGGACCUGAUCCCCGUGUACACUGUCAAGAACAUGACCACAUUCACGGGUGGGAACGGCACCAAUGUGUUCCGGGACUGCUUCCUGGUGAAGCGCGGCACACCAGUGGGCAAAGUCGCCCGCUACAUACUGGGCGAUGUCACUGUCGCCGCGAUAGAGACAGUUGGCAGCGUCCGUGUCUCGGAAGAGACACCCGUGCUGCCAGGCAAGAACGACAUCCUCACUUUCAAAAUAGCUCCAAGAAGCUGA